UACAUCAUACAUUUAUUAUCAAGAUUUGUAUAAUCGUAGUAUUAGGUUAGAAUGUUGCAUUGUGUUUGUGUUAAUAUUGCAGAUACUACAAUAAAAAAAUUUCAGUUCGCAUUACGUAAAGAUUUCCAGCAGUGUUUAUACGCCACUAAAAGACAAAAUCACAGUGCUAUUCCCGAAAAUGUUUGUUACGUGUAUAGAUUUGUAAAUAUUCCGAUGCACUGUAUCGUAACGUCAAAACUUUGUCACGUUACUACGAUACUAAACCGAAAACAAUAUUUUUUCAAAUUCUGGCCAACUCUUUUCUCGGUAUCGUCUUACACAACUCACUGCACAAAAACUUCCGUUGUUAUGGCUUUAAAGAAAUUUAAAGGACAGACCGACUAUUAUAACGGCAUAACUGUCGAUUCAAACGAAGAAUCUUGUACACCUGAAGUCUUUGUUAAACGUCUUACAGUUUCUUUACAAGACUGGAUAAAAGAUAAAAAACGCACAAUAUGGUUUCGUGUACAUUUACCAAAUUCCGAAUGGAUACCAAUACUUGUAAAAGAAGGAUUUAAAUUUCAUCACGCACAAAAUGAAUAUGUUAUGCUAUAUCGGUGGUUAGUUUCAGACGAAGAAUGCAAUGUUCCACAUUAUGCUCAUACAAAUUUAGGUGUUGGAGCAUUUGUAUAUAAUGAGAGUACUAAUGAACUUUUAGUUAUUAAAGAAAAAUAUGUAAAUAAAGUAGCAUUCUGGAAAUUGCCAGGAGGUUUUGUAGAACCAGGAGAAAAUUUAGAAGAAGCUGUGAAAAGAGAAGUUUUAGAAGAAACUGGUAUUCAAACUACAUUUAAUUGUUUAAUAAGUUUCAGACAUGCUCAUGACUUUGCUUUUAAUUGUUCUGAUAUAUACGCAGUUUGUUAUUUGUCCCCUGUUAAUUUUGACAUAAAAAAAUGUAACAGAGAAAUUUCUGAAUGUAAAUGGAUGAAGUUCAAUGAUUACGUGGAACAUUCGGAAGUACAUUCAAAUAAUAAAUUGUUAGCAAAAAAAAUGUUGGAAUUUUUAAACCAUAGAAUGGGAAUUACAGUAGAGUAUUUGGUACAUCCAGUUCUGAAAAAACCUGUAUCUGUCUACAGUAUAUCAAAAAUUGAUAACGUACAAUCAUGUUCAGUUACAAAAUAAAUAAAGCACAUA